GGAUUAGUCAGUCAUGAUAACAAUUUUGCAUUGUGUAUACUUGUGGAUAUGUAUAGGAAGUUCACUGAAGCGAAAAGCCGAAAAGCAAAUUAAACAAUUUUGUCAAUUUCAUUUCCCUGAUUUUUUUCAUUUCUGCUAAACUUUAAUACCAUUCACAUGGUUAGGUAGCUUGAUACAACUAUUUCAGUACAAAAUGUGUCAGAUAGAAAUGAUAUUUAUCAUAGUAGACCCCACCUUUAUUAAGGCUUUUCAGUUUUCAGUAUAUGAUUACGGGAAGAGAUAACACAUAAACAAAUAUCUGACACGACGAGCUAAAAGACCCCCAAUGUCCAAUGUUAACUUCAGUUAACACACCACCAUAUCUUAUCCCCGCUAAAGGAACUGCACCUAGUUGCACCGAUCUCUGAAGAAAAAAGUUGCGAUAAUGAUGUUCCUAGAGAUACCCUGAUUACUACCUUUUGUCCCUUCAGAUCUUAUCGAUAAGGGGAAUUUUAUGUACCCCAAAAGAUCAAGGCAGUCUGGCCAAGGGGAAUUUUGUCUAUAAGGGAAAUUUUGUGUACACGAACAUAUUACUCUGCUUUUAUUAUUAAAAGCAGAGCAAUAUGUCUGUGUAGUCGAGAAUCUACAUCCACUUACAUGGAUGUCCUUUUGUUGUGGGAUAGCUGAAACACAUCAGUGCUGCAACUCAUUAUGACGUUGGAGAACCAGCAGAGAACAAGACUAAACUAAUCAUUGCAGCAACACGAAGCCCCCAUUGCAUUUCCUUGGCUAAUCUUCCAUGAUCACAUAUAACCCGAAUCUAGAUCCGAGAUCAAACUGAACACUCGUGCAGUGCGCUGUGUCACCAACGACCUAGACAUGCCAGGCACAUAUAAGCUCACUGAUUCACACUUGCUGCGCUAACCAAAAACACGUAGGCAACAGCUUUGUCUGUAUGGGCUUUGGGUGGCCAUGUUUCUUUCAACAGAUCACCUUAACACAUAUGGAGGUUAGUUGGAUGAGAUUCCUGCUGUCGACUGCUCUACCCAUCAUGCCAUUGCUCCCGUUAUAAAUACAGAGAGAAGCCAAGGACUGAGCACCAACAAACUGCAGCCCUUGUCUUGCCAACCUUUCUCUUCCAUUUCCAUACUGAAGAAAGUAGCAUCAGAGCCUCAAAACCACAAGCAUGGCUUACCAUCUAAGAUCUGCAAGCGCGCCUUCCAGCCCUCGCUCAAACAAACCCCAAGUAGAGCAGCAGCUCCAGAGCCUGAGCGCAACCAUCUCUUCGCCCUUGGUGACCAUCGAUACGACAUGCGAAGGUUUGAGGAAGCUGGAAGACAUCUACAGCUGCAUUGAGGAGAUGAUGUGCACAUCCAGCAACCAAGUCAGCCUCUGCAAGACCCUGCAAAGGGCGGCAGUGGAGGCAGAGCUUGGACGGUCCCUCGUCGUGCUCGACCUCUGCAACACCAUGCAGGAGACCUUGAUGGAGCUGAAGAUGACUGUCCAAGAGCUCUUGUUGGUUCUCAAGAGAGGAGAGGAUGCAACUCGCCAAGCCAAGGCAUAUGUCCGGCUAGCCAAGAAGGCACAAAAACAGUUCAAGAAGAUCAGCAAGAAAACUGCUUCCGACAAGAACGAUUCUAGGGUGGUGAUGCUAAUGGCAGAGGCGAGAGAGAUCGCCAUUUCACUGCUCGAAUCCACAUCCUCGGUCUUGUCCAAGCAAAUUGAGAUUCCCAAGUGGUCUCUUGUCCCCAAAACAUCGCAGAAGAGCAAAGUUGUGUGCGAAGAGGAGCAAUUGCGGGCAUUGGAGUGCAGUAUCGAAGAUCUUGAGAGCGGAGUGGAACUUCUGUACAGGAGAUUGAUCCAAAACAGAGUUUCUCUUCUCAAUGUUCUUAGUUUGUAGAUGCCCUCAUCUCUAGUUCCCUGCGGUUGGCAUCC